UGCAGACGAUCCCUCGCUACCGGAGACGCGGUUGAAGAGGUUCCGCGCAGGCUCAGGCACUCCUCCACCAUUGAAGAAACGCAACAUCUCUUCGCCUACGCAACAGCAAGCGAAGCUACCACCCAAGCUACCUGUCAAGUCGCCCUCAUCCAAACCACCUUCACGGUCAUCGAAGUUUCCAUCGAGUCCUUCGAGGUCCACGCAGCAAACAACAUCCCAGACCGUGCGAAAAGUCCUGGCAGAUGUGGGCGAUCAGCUGAUGUGCCCCAUAUGCUGUGAUUUAUUUGUAUGUGUACAAAUUGGCUCUGCAUGUGGCCACAGCUUCUGCGGGAACUGUGGGUGGGACUGGAUAGCGAAGACCAUGCCCGCACCUACAUGCCCCUACUGCCGCACGCCGCUCAACAGGCAGGCGCCUAUGAUACCCAACUUUGCGAUUGAGAGCAUGGUGCAGAAGCUUGUCGCGUCGCUAGCGGAGAAUGGCGUCGACGGCUGGGACGAAGAGGGUGAGUUAUGGCGAGAGUGGCAGGAACGACAACAGCGAUGGAAAGCUGGAGCCGCUGCACGAGCAAGCGAGCUUGAAAGAUAUAGCGAGGCAGAGACUCCGCCCGCGCCUGCAUCUCCUCCGCAGGCUCGGCAUGAACAGCUGCUCAUCAAUCCCAGUAACGAGCCAGCGGGUUGAA